AUGUUACGUUCAAUAAACAUCAAGGGACGCUUUAGAUGGCAAAGACGCGGUACAGGUGGAAAAAGAGUUGUCUCUGUUUUGAAGGACACUUUUCACCAAAGUGUCUUAACAGGUGAAUGCGUGCGGCUCGUGUUGGGUUCUGAAGAAAUGGCUGGUGCUUUGGACCUCGGAAAGUCAAAAAGAAGGAAGAAAGAAGACGUUGAAGCUGGUAGAAGUCAGAAAUGGUGGAUGAAACUGGGUUUCUUCGUCGGAAGCUGCUUAUUUUUGAAGCCCAAAGAGGACGGCUCUGGUAUUAGUCUGCAGAAUGAAAGCGACUCUACCAAAAAAUCCGAUCCAGGAGCUUCACCAUCCUUGCCGCACUUUGAGGAAAUAAAAUUUUCUUCCAAUCUUCGAAGGUUUUCUUUUGAUGAGCUCAAGGAAAUUGCAAGUAAUUUUAGGCCCAGCAAUAUUCUUGGCCAGGGGGGUUUUGGAUGUGUUUUUAAAGGUUUUAUCAAACAAGCAAGAACAACUGGCUCGGAAGCGAUUCCAGUUGCAGUGAAGAUUCUUAACCAUGCAGGACUUCAAGGCCACAAAGAAUGGCUUACUGAAAUUAAUUAUCUUGGCGCACUCCAGCAUCCGAAUCUAGUUAAAUUAAUAGGUUACUGCAUUGAGCAAGAAAAAAGGUUGCUAGUGUACGAGUUUAUGCCCCGAGGCAGCUUAGACAACCAUCUGUUUAGAAGGACUACGCCCCUUCCGUGGUCGAUCAGAUUGAAGAUUGUAGUUGGCGCUGCGAAGGGCCUCGCGUUUCUGCAUGAAGAAGCUGACAGGACAGUGAUCUUUAGGGACUUGAAAACAUCUAAUAUCUUGUUGGAUGCAGAUUAUAAUGCAAAACUUUCUGAUUUCGGACUGGCCAAAGAUGGUCCCGAGGGUGACUCAACUCAUGUGUCUACUCGGGUGAUGGGAACAUUUGGCUAUGCAGCUCCUGAAUACGUCAUGACUGGACACCUUACUAUCAAGAGUGAUGUGUACAGUUUCGGGGUGGUUCUGCUGGAGUUGCUGACAGGGCGAAAGGCCAUGGACAAGAAUCGGCCUCGAGGCGAGCACAGCUUGGUGGAGUGGGCGAGGCCCAGCUUUGCGGACAGGAGGAGAUUCUACAGGCUGAUAGAUCCUCGGCUUCAAGGUCAUUACUCGAUGAGAGGUGCUCAGACGGCGAUCCAGGUCGCUGCUCGCUGCGUUGCCCGUCACCCCAAAGCUAGACCCAUCAUGUCCGAGGUUGUCGGAAUCUUGGAGCCUUUGCUUGAUCUCAACGACAUGGCCCUCUCUUCAACCUCCUUCCAGUCCAUGGCUUCUAGUUCUAGGAUGCAAGCUCGUGGGCCGUCACAGCCUGGCUCGUCCUCCAGGAGCUUACCCAACUCGCCAUUUCGCCCACACUAUCCGCUUCCCUAUCCCAGUCCCAAGGGAAAUAUCCCAUGA